AUGAACUGGCGCACGAAUAUAGUCGACCUACUUCUCCAAAAGGGUGGCAUUGACAUCGAGAGUGAAGAACAAAAUGGUCAAACCGCUCUUUCACUGGCUGCAUUUAAUGGAAGUCCUGAGAUCGUGAAGCUGCUUCUUCAACAUGGAGCCAACGUUCAAUCUAUGGAUAAGACAGGGAAAACGGCGCUUUCGUUGGUAACAAAAAAAAUCAGCGAAGGAUAUUACACCAAUGGAGAAUCACGAAUAAUUAGAUCGUUGGUUGAGAACGGGGCAGAUGUGGAUUUGGAGGACGAGGAAGGGAAGACGCCGAUGCUAUAUGCAGCAUCUUCAGACAUGAGAGGUGCGCUAUUGCAGUUACUCUCACCCGAAAUUCGCCGACGUAUUAUUAUCUGCUGUGACGGUACCUGGAACGACCGAGAGACAAAGCAACCCUUCACAAACGUGACGAGAAUCCUGAGCUGUAUAGAACCUCAAGAUGAUACCAACAACAAUCGCUAUGAUCAGUUGCCCUAUUAUAUUGAUGGUAUCGGAACUGGUACAACAUGGCUUGGGAGAGGUAAAAGUGGCGCGACUGGCUCAGGUAUUUCAAGAAAAAUCCGUGAAGCUUAUCGUCAUGUGUGCUCAACAUAUGUCCAAGAUGGGGACGAAAUCGUCUUAAUCGGCUUCUCGAGAGGGGCCUACACGAUUCAAUGUUUGGCAAGACUCAUCAAUGAUAUCGGAAUUAUUCACAACGCGUCAGUCAACAAAGAGCUCCCCCGAAUUUUCGACCUGUGGGCUACCGGUCAAUCUCCGACUGAAGAUGGGGACCUGAAAAAUCAUUGCGAGCGACUCGUAUCAGACAGAAUGCUGCGAAGAAAUGUCAAGAUCAAGGCGUACGCUGCAUGGGAUACAGUGAGAUCAUUAGGAAGCCCGUGGCCAAACCCUUUCAGAAAGUCGGAGCAGCGUUUUGACUUCAUGGAUGAGAAGCUUCCCCCUAAUGUAACGAAGGCGUACCACGCGCUUGCAUUGGAUGAAAGGCGAUAUUACUUCCAGCCCACUAUCCUGGUGCCCUCCAAACCAGAGCAACUUAAGCAGUGUUGGUUUCGUGGCAGCCACAGUGACAUUGGCGGUGGAGGUGAGAAUAGUGGCCUCGCAAAUAUUACGCUAUGCUGGAUGAUUUCGCAGCUCCGCGAUGCCGUCAAGUUUAACCACGAAUCGUGCUGGUAUGCUACAGCCAGCGGAUCCAUUCUACAUUAUAACAUGGCCAAAGAGAAUACAGAUAUUCUGGGCGUGGAAAAGUACAACUCUUUCUCGAGUGUGUGGAGAUUUGCUGGGUCUCGAACACGUUCCAUUGGGAAGAGUCGAAUGGAACCUACAGACCCUACUGGUGGUUGCCAAAUUGACAGGAACCACAAUGAUAUGUACGAGACAAUACACUUCUCAGUCCGUGUCUUGAAAGACAUCGCCGUUCUACAACCACAGGACCAGAGCAACCCCCUCAAGGAAUUCAAAUGCUCAGAAAGUGCGCCAUACAGUUGGAGUGCCAAUAUUGCAGGCCAGGAUGUAAGAAUUGAUGAGGACAAACAAUCCGACUAUGAGGUGGGAAUGCUUCAUAGAUGGAUAGAUCGCGAUUCGAACUUUAGGGAUUUGGUUACGAGAGAUCUGGUGCGGCUUGGACACAUACGCAGACCAGAUGAUCCUACCUCGGUGCCUCUAGACGAGAUUGUACGAGAUUAG